AUGACCCCUCCUCGCCGCCGGCUUGUGGGAGUGUCCACAAAGAUGUACUUCUCAGCAGCUAGAACCCGGCAAUAUGUUGACGAAGUGCUUCAGCUAGUGUCCAAGUCACCAGAAUUGCUCGAUGAGGUCGAUGUCUUCAUAAUUCCCGACCACAUUACUCUGACGUCAGUGAUUGGUCAACUUGACCGCACCAAGAUUCUCACUGGUGCCCAAGACGCUUUCUACGAAGAUUCGGGCGCAUACACUGGCGAAGUAUCGCCGCAGGUCCUCGCCGAGGUCGGGUGCCGCAUCGUGGAGCUGGGCCACGCGGAGCGCCGCCGCAUCUUCAAGGAAACCGAUGAAGAUGCCGCUCGCAAGGCGGCGGCCGCGGCGAGGAACGGCAUGGUUCCGCUGGUGUGCAUCGGCGAGCGCAACCAGGGUGAGGUAGCGCUCGCCGUGGACGAGUGUCGCGCGCAGGUCGAGAGCGUCAUGGCUGCUGUUCCCGAGGAUGCCGAGGUCAUACUUGCCUAUGAGCCCGUCUGGGCGAUUGGCGCCGCCAGCCCCGCUGCGGCAGAGUAUGUGGUCAAUGUGGUCAAUGAUAUACGAGGGCUAGACUGUGUGCAGAGGAGAAGUGGCACGACGAGGAUACUGUACGGAGGCAGCGCUGGGCCAGGUCUCUUUGAAAAGUUGAAGGGGGGUGUCGAUGGGCUGUUCCUGGGACGGUUUGCUCAUGAUCCGGCACAAUUCUAUAAAACGAUACAGGAAAUAGCUUAUGCGUAA